GAGCCAAGGUUAGCCAUGGACUCCACCACUACCCCUACCCCUACCCUUCUUCCCCAUUCCCAAUCCCAAUGCAGCAGCCCACUCCUCUACCCUCCACCCUCCUCCGCUACCAAGCUCCCCAUCAAACGCAAAAACCCCGACCCCAUUAACCCUAACCCUAACCUCUUCUCUCCCCAACUCCUCAGUGACUUCAACGACGUCGUCCUCGUCCCAAUCCCACCAGAUUCAUAUGCCCAAACCCUCAGCACCGCCAGAACUCCGCCAUUUAAGUACCACCGAGUCUGGACCGAGCCCGACGAGCUUCUCUUCCUCCAAGGCCUCCUCGACUGCGCCUCCCAUGGCGGCUUCUCCUUCCCCAAAGACCUCCCCCUCUUCUACGCCCGCUUCUCCGCCACCGUCUCUCACUCCUACACCAAAUCCCAGCUCUCCGAGAAGCUACGCCGCCUCCGGAAAAAGUUCCGAGUCGUCUCGUCCCGCCUCGCUCGCGGCCUCUGCGAGUCCCAGCUCUCUCCUCACGAUCGCGCCCUGUACGACCUCUCCGGGAAGCUCUGGAGCCCCGAGUGCUGGUCCACUUCCCCGUUCGGUAACAGAGAAAAGAGCGACGCCGGAGAGUCUGAUAAUUUGGCGGCGGCGGAUGAGAAUCAGAAUCAGAAUAAGAACCAGAGCGUUUCUGAUGAUCUCGAUGUCGAAAAUGAUUGCGGCGAUGAGGUGAAGACGACGAGCGAGUUGGCACGGCCCAUUGCUGCGCUGGUGGCGAAGAGUGUUCUGGACGUGUUUGAUCAGUCUCUCAAUGAGGUUCGGAUGCUUCUUGUUCAACAGGGUGUGCUCUGUUCUGACCCGGUUCGUUUGGCUUCGGGUUCGGGUUCGGGUUCUUCGAAUGAGGGGAAGACUGCAAUGGACUUCGAGAGGCAGUGGCAGCUCCAACGGCUUGCUGAAUUGGAUGUGUUGGCUCAGAGAUUGAGGUUGGUUCUCGAAGACUCGAAUCGGUGGCAAUGAGUAUUUAUAUCAUGAGGGCAAGUCUUGGUGCAAUGGAAAGGUUGCUCCUUUGUGACCGAAGGGUCAGGGGCUCAAACCCCUGGGAGCCUUGUUGACCUGGGGUCGCCCCUUUACCACAUUUGAUAAACAGGAGGUGAUUACUUCAGAUAUCUUCAUUUGCUACCUGAUGCAUGGUUCUUAAAUCCGUAGUCAAGGUUCCGUACAUGUUAGACAUAGAAUUCGGCCUUCAUUAGAAUAGGUGGCCUUUGUGUAUGUGAUGCCAAUGUUUUAUAUCAGAGUACUUGUCAAUGGUAUGUCCUACACUGAGAGUUCUCCACAUCGAUAGGAUUUGAUAUUUGCAUUAUCCCAAAUUCUCAACGGUGGAACUUCGGCCAGAAUUAUUUGUUCGCAUUCAAUCUUCUGAUAUAUUGAAUUAAGUAGUUGGGAACUUA